CACUUUAGUGACGCGGACACGCAGCGCGCCUUGGUUUAAAGUCCCGGGAACAGAACCCGGUGGAGGACUCGGGGACACGUCGUGAGACCGGGGACACGUCGUGAGACCGGGGACAUGUCCACAGACAGCAUGCCUCUGCAGGACCUGCCCUGCCUCAGUCUCCAGGGCUCCAUGUUGUGUCAGAGGACGAUCAAGCGCCGGUCCAGAUGUGGAGCGAGCGAGGGCCUGGAGGCAGAGUGCACCCCCACAGAGCUCAUCCAGCUGUGCUCCCCCCGACACAAGCUGCAGCGGCUCUGCAGCAGAGACAAAGAGAACGAGUGUGGAGCCUUCGUCCUGGCUCGCAGGUCGAGGAGGAAGAAGGAGUCUUCAUCAGGAGUUUCGUGGGACCAUUUACCAGACGAGCUGCUUCUCAAGAUCCUCCUCUUCCUCCCUCUGCAGGAGCUGCUCCGGAUGUCCACGGUCUGCAAGCGCUGGCACCGACUAGUGUUUGACGAGUCCCUGUGGCACAGCGUGGACCUGGAGGGGCUGACCCACGUGGGCUCGGCUCUGCAGCAGGUUCUGGACGCCGGCGUCCGCAGGCUGCGCUGCCCUCGCUCCUUCGUGGAAGAUCUCGUCUUCACGGCCUCCGGCCCCCUGCAGAUCGUCCAGUUGGACCUGUCCAGCUCCGUCAUCCCCACCUCGGCUCUGGAGAGCAUCGUGUGUCGGUGCAGGAGGUUGGAGUAUCUGAGUCUGGAGGGGCUGCAGCUCUCAGACGCCAUCAUCAGCUCUCUGGCGGUGAACGUGAACCUGCUGCAGCUCAACCUGAGCGGCUGCUCUGGCGUCUCUGCUGCCGCUCUGGCCGACAUGUUGACCUCCUGCUGCAGGCUGGAGCAGCUGAACGUGUCGUGGUGCGAGUUCACCAGUGAUCACGUGAAGAGCGUGGUGAGGAACCUGGGCUCCAGCCUCACGCAGCUCAACCUCAGUGGUUACAGAGAGAGUCUCUCGCUCGACGAUGUGAAGGUGCUGGUUGGGAGAUGUCCUCAAAUUCACACUUUAGAUUUAAGUGACAGCACCCUGCUGAUGGCCGACGUCUUCCCGGUGCUCGCUCAGCUCAAGCGUCUGCUGCAUCUGUCCCUGAGUCGCUGCUACCACAUUCACCUCGCCGCGCUCACGGACCUGGGGAAGACGUUCCCCCUGCUCGGCCUCCUGGACGUGUUCGGCCUGGUCCUCGACGGCCACCUGCCGUCUCUGAAGAAGGAGCUGCCGCGCGUCAGCAUCAACUCCCGGCCGUUCUCCAGCGUGGCCCGGCCCACGCCCAGCAGCCGGCUGCCCGGCGCCCUCAGCGAGCGCACCAUGUGGAGCAGCUUGUGUCGGCUGAGGUUCAGGCCGCAGUGAUCAGGUCCUCGGGGUCAGAGGGACGCAGCAGGACGUCCACACACAGGAAGUCCAGCCCGACGUUAACGGGUCAAAGGUCACAGACUGGACCACGGCGCUGACCACGCCGGGGGAGACGCCUUCAUCCAGAACGUUGACCCGUUGGUGUUUUAAUGAAUUAACAGAAUGUUUUAUGAAAGUUGGGGACAGUUGAGCCUCAGACGAGUUCAUGUGAUGUCAUCAGGAGCAGUUGAUCAGAUAGUUUUUAAUGUUUGAUCUGUGGAUCUUCUUAAUGAUGCUCACUGUUGUAGCUGUUUGAUCUUUCAUAACGUUUCACCCUCCAGGGGAUUUUAGAUCAUCUCAUUAUGUCAGUGGAGAUUUGUUCCACUUUACCAUUUCAUUCAAAACUCCUGCAGUGAAAUCAAUGAAAGUUUGAACUUGUAAACUGUUCAUUUGAAGUAAAUCACUGAAUCACAAAAACCUUCUGUUCUCAUUCCUCAUAAAACAUAAAUGUAACUGUUUGUAAAAAGUUUCAACUUGACCGUCUCACACAAACACACAAAUAAUGGAGACAACUAUCUGAUAAACAGAAUGACACACGAUGCAUUUAACAAUUUAAUGAUCAUUUUGUUCAAGACACAGGAGUCGACCGCACGUGUCACAAGAUGCAUCAGUGACAUGACAGCUUCAAACAACUCAAACUCUUUAGUGUCUUCACGUUCAGAAGUGUUUGCUCAGGAACAUUCCCAAAAUCUUUUUUUCUAGUUUGAAGUUUUCAAAACAAACUUUUGACCUAAAUGUAGAAAAAGGCCCCAAACUCAGUUUUUAGUGCAUUUAAUGCUUUUUCUUUUCAGCACCCACAGCUAUAAAAUAUAAAUCCUAUAAACCCUUUAUUCCAAAAAUAUCUUAGGUCAAUAACAAACUUAACAAUCAACCACUGUGCUCACUUCACAUAAUUCUUCUGAUCUUUCUCCUCUGGUAAAAACUAAGUGAUGUGGAUUCAUCCGCUGGAGGAAAUGGUCCCAAAGAAAUUCACCAUUUCCAACUCGUCAAAAUACUGAUAUUGGAAAAUAUGGGAUCUAUUAAGGAAAUUAUUCUGUUA